AUGGAUUAUGGUAAAGUUAAUUCAAGAUAUACAACCGAUCAACCUACAAAUUUUACUGAUGAACAUAUUGAUGUUGUGGACUUCACCUAUAAUUUUCCAUGUUUUGUUCGACUAUUAUCUGAUCAUUCAAAUGAAUUUCAGCAAUUUUCUCCUGUUUAUCACCCUGUCUAUGUAUUUACAGAGACACUUUCUACAGAUAGAAGCUAUCAAGUUGUUGAGGCCUACAAUCGUCAACUCAUUGAUCCGUCAGUAGAUCCUGCUGACUCUAUAAAGUACUCUAUCAAUUUUUGUAAUCCUGACAGAUUUUUAUUUGAUCAACAUGGAUUGGAAAUAUUGGAUAUUUUAGAACAGAGAACUAAAAAAGCAAACAAUUCGACUUCGCCAUCGCCAUCAUCAUCACACUUGAAAGGAAGAAACGCAGAAAUCAAUGAGAUCAGGCCCAAUAAUAUUUGA